AUGCUUGAUUUUGGCGAGGAUUCUCUUGAUGAAGAUGAGGAAGAUAUGCUGGACAUGUGCUUUGAUAGAGUGGCUAGGGAAGGAGAUAUAUCACCUAGGCAACAAAGAAGUAGAAGCAACAAAAGCAAAAAGAAGACACAUGGAAGGCAACAUAGUUGGGACGGUAAAAUGACUGAGGAGUUUGUUCCAAGGCACCUACCGAUGCGACAGGCAAAGCAGAACCAUUUGACAGUAUCAAUAGGCAUGGAAAGAAAGAGUUCUCCUAUAAGGAAAUCUGUUGAGAUAAAAUUUAUCAAAGAUAAACGUGCUGAGAGUGUUAAAAUCUCAAAUAUGUUGAAAACUUUGUCUAAAAAGGCAAAUGAGCUUUCUAUCUUAUGUGGAGUUGAAAUUGCCAUUCUAAUUUUCUUGAUUGGAACUCAACCUUUUUUUUUUGGUAAUCCUGAUGUGGACUCAGUGGUCCACCAAUAUUUGGAGCUCAACCAGCCAACUACACCUUCGUCUUAUAUGAAGAAGAAAAAAAAAGUGGAAGAAAAUAAGGACAAAGGAAAAUCUGUUGAAGAUAAUUUCACAUAUCGUAUAUCAGAAGAUUCAAAGCUGACUGAUGCAGAAAGACUUGAAAAAUUAAAUCAGGAGAUCAAGAAACUUGAAGAUCAUUUGAAUAAGGAAAUUGAUCUCUUACAAAAUGUGAUAUGCUUUGAAGAUCCAAAAUUUAUAGUUGAAAUGGACGUAGCAAGUUCUUCGACUAUACCAGCUAAUUGGUUGAGUCUUUAA